UGGUAAAACCUGAUAAGUUAUAAUAUAGUUUAUGAUACAUAUCUGUGUUCCACUUUUAUUGAUUCAUCCAUGGCAAGUGGUUCACCCUUCCAUUCUCUCCACCUUCUCAACCUCCAGUCUCCAACCAUGCACCCCAAAGCACCGUCAGCGCGCGUGUCCAGCAGCAGAAAAGCCGAGGUCAUAGCAUUCGACGAGUCCAAGACCGGCGUCAAAGGAAUCCUAGAUUCGGGAAUAACGAGGGUCCCACCCAUGUUCCACGUGAAGGAGGACCCCACCGCCACGUCACGGAGCCACUCCAACUUGAGCAUCCCCGUCGUGGACCUCGGCGACAUAGAGAAGAACGCAAAACGGCGCGUGGAGGCGGUGGAGGCGGUGGGGAGCGCGUGCCGCGAGUGGGGGUUCUUUCAGGUGGUGAAUCAUGGGAUCGGCGUUGAGGUGUUGGAGGAGAUGUUGCGUGGGAUCGGUGGGUUUCAUGAGCAGGAUGGUGAAGAGAGGAAGCGGUUUUACUGUCGGGAGAAUGAGAAGAGAGUUCGGUAUUUCUCGAAUGGGAAGCUGUUUAGGGACAUGGCUGCUAAUUGGAGAGACACCAUUGCUUUCGUUGCCAAUCCUCAUCCUCCUCCACAUCAUCAUAUGCCACCUAUAUGCAGAGAUAUUGUGGCUGAAUAUACCAAAAAAGUAAGGAUUUUGGGCAUUACAAUCUUUGAGCUAUUGUCAGAGGCUCUUGGCCUUAAACCUUCUUACUUCAAAGAAAUGGACUGUGCUGAGGCACUGUAUAUUUUGGGUCAAUACUAUCCACAAUGCCCUGAACCUGAACUAACUAUGGGAAUUACAAAGCACACUGACUGUGACUUCAUGACAAUACUUCUGCAAGACCAGAUAGGUGGCCUUCAAGUUCUUCAUGAGAAUCAAUGGGUUGAUGUUCCUCCAGUGCACGGAGCUCUUGUUGUAAACAUUGGAGAUAUUCUACAGCUUAUGACAAACGACAGGUUCAUCAGUGUUUAUCACCGGGUCUUGUCAAAGAAUAUAGGCCCUCGAAUUUCUGUAGCAACCUUCUUCAUGAAUUUUACUAUAUCUGAAUGUACAUCGAAGAUUUAUGGUCCAAUAAAGGAAUUGCUAUCUGAAGAAAACCCUCCAGUCUACAGGGACAUUACUAUGAAAGAAAUCUUGACAAACUAUUAUGCAAAAGGCCUUGAUGGAAACUCUUACUUGCAGCCCUUAAGGCUGUGAAGCAAUUAUAAAGUAUAUGAUUCUCAUUGGCUUUAGUCUGCAUUUAUCAUUGUCGAUACUUGCCUUUGGCUUUCAUUUUCUGUAUCUCUUUAAAUUUCAAUAAACAGCAUUAAGCUCUAGAAGCAAAAAGUAAAGCUAAAUUCAAUCAAUUGUACUAAAAUACAUAACUUAUUGUAUUAUGACAAUAACUUCUUAUGUUUUUGUGGGAAUCAACCUGUUUUUCAUA